UCUAUAAAUACCAACCACGACGAGCCAAGCGAACAUCACCACAGCUAGAUCAUUAGCAAUCCAUUCCGAUCCAUCAAAUUUCUCUUGAGACCGUAGAGAGAGAGAGAGGCGCCAACCAUGGCCGGCAUCAUCCACAAGAUCGAGGAGAAGCUCCACAUGGGCGGAGGCGAGCACAAGAAGGAAGACGAGCACAAGAAGGAGGGGGAGCACCACAAGAAGGACGGGGAGCACAAGGAAGGCGUGGUGGAGAAGAUCAAGGACAAGAUCACCGGCGACCACGGCGACGGCGGCGAGCACAAGGAGAAGAAGGACAAGAAGAAGAAGAAGGAGAAGAAGCACGGCGAGGAGGGCCACCACCACGACGGCCACAGCAGCAGCAGCAGCGACAGCGACUGAGCCGCCGCGCCCCCACACCGGCGCCGUGCGUGCGUGCAUGCAGGUGAUGCUGCAGAUGAUUGGAGGAGUUCGUAGCAGGAUUAAUUAGUAUCUGUGCAAUACGUGAUGCAGUGAUCUGUCUCAUGCAUGUAUCUGUGCUUGAUUGCAAGAAAAAAAAAAGGCAUGGUUUGCCUUUGUGAUGUACUGAUAAUAAUGGCUGCACGGUGCCUUGUAAUAAGAACGCUAAUUAUGAUGAAAUUGAUGUGUAUUAUCCUGGCGUCA